CCACUCUGCUCAGCCCAGAGGAGCAGCCACACAGAAAAAAAGAAGUUUAAAUCAACUCUGAGAAGAGGAGGGAGGGAGAGAGAGAGUGAGAGAAAGAGAGAGAGAGAGAGAGAGGGGCGAGAAAACGCCCUGGAAACUUGGUUGAACGAGAAAAAGGAAAAAGAGUGACAGAGUCCUGCCAGACUUGCAAAGUUGUGAGUGGAAGAAGUGCUUUUCUUGGGCUGGGGAGACGGGGCGAGGGCAAGUUUUCAAGGAUGCUCAGGCUGGUGUGAGGCUUCGUGGGCGCACGGACUGCGCACAGAAGUCAAGAACCACAUCAUCUGAAGCCCUUGGCCUUGCUUGAGCAAUCCAAGGAAAACCAAGAUAGAGUUUCCAUCACACCAGGGCUUUAACAGAGGACAGCGAAAAACAAGAUGGCUGAAGAGGAGGAAACCAGGGAGGUGCUCUUUCAAGACUGGGAGGGUCCAGACAAAACUGGCCUGACCAUUGAGCAGACAACUGCAGGGGAGAUCUUUGUUAAGGAGGUGAAAGGAGAGUCACCUGCAGCACGGUCUGGAAAAGUAUACGAAGGUGACCAGAUAGUAGGCGCCACUGUCUACUUUGACAACAUGACCUCAGAAGAGACAGCUGAGCUGCUGAAGACAUUGAACCGUCACAAGGUUGGACUGAAACUACAAAACAAAUCCCCUUGCUGCUCACCCCUGAGCACACCAUGUCGUUCACCAAUAGGGACCCUGACAUGGGAAGGAAAGACCCGGUUUGGAGGUUCCAGUCCAGACAUUAUCCUUAGUGGAGAUGAUGAAGACUACAAGAGAAUAUACACAAAAAAGAUUAAACCAAGGCUGAAGUCUGAAGACCUUGCAGAGGGAGUAGAUGUUCGCACAGAGCGGCAUAGCAGCACAAGCAGCGACGGCAGCACGAUUACGACCAUCACCCGCCGCAUCACUACUUACACUGUGGAUAUGCCAGGUGGCAUAAGUGAGCAACUUGAACUUUCAAGCCCAGAAUUCAAGGGGCUAAGGCACGAAUCUGGAGAUGGCUCUUCUCAUAUCAGAAUCUCACAUGGCAGCCCAACAGGUAAAGUGGGAGCAGAAGAGGGAGUUUUUGAGGCAAGCAAUGUCUCUUACACUGGGCCACAAGUUAGCUCAACAGAGACACGCUUGGCUGGCGGGGGACUACAGACUACAACAGUUACACGAGAGGGGGGUAGAGAAAGAGUUACAGGUCUCAAAUUUAAAGGGGCUAACUUUGGGGGUACAGAGCAGGGUGGCUUUCAGAUCUCAGGAGGGAGUGGAGAGCAAGGAGACGGAAGCAUUCAGAUGUCAGGAAAAACCAUGACACUAAGUGACAGCACAAACACUGGUAGUAGACAUAUUACAAUAGGAGGGUUGCGCGCUGCAGAAGUAACUUCAGCUGAUGAGAACGGAGGAUCAAUUGGUCUAUCUAUGGAGGGAAGUGUUGACACCAGUUUAGGUGAGAGGACAAAGGUGAAGGAAAGUGACAUCAGUCUCCUGCAGGGAAAGGGAUCAGGCAGUAUUGAUAUUCAGAAUGUCAGAUUUAGUGGAGGUUCCAGAGGUAUUGAUACAGAAUUGAGAGGCAGCAGGAUAGAAGGAUCCGCAAUAACAAUAGGCCAUGUUGCGUCAGGAUAUUCCUCAGCACCAGGGAAGAUUUCAGUGGCAGAUACGGAUGUCAAUCUUACAGGUUCGAAGUUGAAGGGUGAGGUUGAUGUCAACCUGCGAAGCACAAAGGGAGGAAUAAAGGCAUUUGGAACAGACAGUGAAGUUCCAGGCUAUGAAACUGGGGGCACUGUGAGUGGCAUAAAAACGUCAACAAUCCAGAUGCCUUCAGGAGCAAUGAAAGGAAUCAAGAAAGAGGGAACUAGUGUUGAAGUUAAACUCACUGGUGAUGCAAAUACAGAGGUGCAAAAACCAGAGCCAGACAUCAAAGGGACAGGUAUACAGAUCAGAGGUCCUAAUGUUAACACUGAAGGGCCUGUGCCCAAUGUUAUACUUCCAGAAGCUGCAAGUGACUACACAGCACCUGACAUCAACUCUAGCAUUAAAAUAAAAGCACCUAAGAGUGACAGUAAAUACAAAAUGGAGGUGUCUCAUGUUAAAAUGGGGCCAGAUACAGAUCUAAGCCUGAAGCGUUCUAAGGUAGAGGGAGAUCUUAAUGUAACAGUGCCAAAGACUGAGGGGAAAAUAAAAGCACCCAAAAUAGACAUUAAAGGUCCAGCGAUAAACAUUGAGGGGAAAGAAGGAGAUUUCAAAAUGCCCUCGAUAAAGACAACACCAUUUGUGGCCAAAGGAGCUAACAUUGAUGUAAAAGAUCCUGGGGUUGACAUUGAAACACCAGAAAUUGAUGGUGGGGGCUCUGAUCUAAAAAUUGAAGGACUGAAAGGGAAUAUCAGUCUGAAAGGAAAAGCAGUAAAGGGAGACGUGGAGGUGUCAGUCCCAAAGAUUGGGGGCCACACAACAAAAUCAGGAGUUCAAAUCGAAGGCCCAGAAGUUGACACUGAAGGUGGAUUUAAAAUGUCUAAAAUCACAAUGCCAUCAUUUGACAUCAAAGGACGAAAACUGGAGGGUCCUGAUGGUAAUAUUCACCUUCAAAAAGGUAACAUUGAUAUGAAAGCACCUGGUGUUGAACUAACUUCAGAGAUGGACAUUGAAGCCCCCGAUACAAACAAUCAGGGACCCAAAGUCAAGAUAUCAACCACCAAAGGACAAAAGAUACCAAAUGUAGACAUUAAAUUUAAAGGUCCUAAAGUGGAGGGAGAUGUAGAUGUUUCACUUCCAAAGAUAGCAGGGGAUAUUAAAGCAUCUGAUGUGGAGAUUGAAGGACCAGCUGUUGACACUGAGGGCUACAAAGGAGGAUUUAAAAUGCCAAAAAUGAAAAUGCCAACAUUUGGCUUCAAAGGCACAAAAGUGGAAGGUGAGGAUGUUGAAAUUAACCUUCCAGAAGCUAACACUGAUGUGAAAGCACCUGAUGCUGACAUUAAAGGACCAGAGAUUAGCAUUGAAGGACCAGAUGCGAAGCUCAAAGGAACCAAAAUGAGCAUGCCAACAAUUUCUGGACCAAAGGUCUCCAUUCCACAUGUGGACUUGAAUCUGACAGGUCCCAAACUCAAAGGUGAUGUGGAUGUAUCGGCACCAACGGUUGAAGGAGACAUUACACAACCUGAACUUGACAUUAAAGGGCAUAAGGGUGGAUUUGCAAUGCCUAAAAUCCAAAUGCCAUCAUUGAACAUUAAAAGUCCAAAGUUGGAGGGUGCUGAUGUUGACAUAAACCUUCCCAAAGCAAAUAUUGAUGUGAAAACAACAAAAAUUGACAUUGUAUCUUCAGGACAGGAAUUUAAGAUACCAACCAUUAAAGGACCAACAGUGCCAGAUUUAGACAUCAAGCUCAAAGGCUCGAAAGUCAAAGGUGAUGUGGAUGCUUCACUUCCAAAGAUUGAAGGAGAUGUGAAAGCUAUUGAUGUGGAUAUUGAAGGACCAGAUGUUAACAUUGACGGCCACAAAGGAGGAUUCAAAAUGCCAAAAAUGAAAAUGCCUACAUUUGGGUUCAAAGGCCCAAAAGUGGAAGGUGCAGAUGUUGAUGUAAACCUUCCCGGAGCUAACAUUGAUGUGAAAGCACCUGAUGUUGACAUCAAAGGUCCCGAGGUUGAGAUCGAAGGUCCAAGUGGUAAAAUCAAAGGACCAAAAUUCACAAUGCCAACUAUAUCAGCACCAAACAUUUCCAUGCCAGAAAUGGAUUUAAAACUGAAAGGCCCAAAAGUCAAAGGUGAUGUGGAUGCUUCACUUCCAAAGAUUGAAGGAGAUGUGAAAGGUAUUGAUGUGGAUAUUGAAGGACCAGAUGUUAACAUUGACGGCCACAAAGGAGGAUUCAAAAUGCCAAAAAUGAAAAUGCCAACAUUUGGUUUCAAAGGCCAAAAAGUGGAAGGUGCAGAUGUUGAUGUAAACCUUCCGGAAGCAAACAUUCAAGUUAAAGCACCUGAUGUUGACAUCAAAGGUCCCGAGGUUGACAUUGAGGGUCCAAGUGGUAAAUACAAAGGCCCAAAAUUCACAAUGCCAACUAUCACAGCACCAAACAUUUCCAUGCCAGAGAUGGAUUUAAAGCUGAAAGGCCCGAAAGUCAAAGGUGAUGUGGAUGCUUCACUUCCAAAGAUUGAAGGAGAUGUGAAAGGUAUUGAUGUGGAUAUUGAAGGACCAGAUGUUAACAUUGACGGCCACAAAGGAGGAUUCAAAAUGCCAAAAAUGAAAAUGCCAACAUUUGGCUUCAAAGGCCCAAAAGUGGAAGGUGCAGAUGUUGAUGUAAACCUUCCGGAAGCAAACAUUGAUGUUAAAGAACCUGAUGUUGACAUCAAAGUUCCAGAGGUUGACAUCGAGGGUCCAAGUGGUAAAAUCAAAGGACCGAAAUUCACAAUGCCAACUAUCACAGCACCAAACAUUUCCAUGCCAGAGAUGGAUUUAAAACUGAAAGGCCCGAAAGUCAAAGGUGAUGUGGAUGCUUCACUUCCAAAGAUUGAAGGAGAUGUGAAAGCUAUUGAUGUGGAUAUUGAAGGACCAGAUGUUAACAUUGACGGCCACAAAGGAGGAUUCAAAAUGCCAAAAAUGAAAAUGCCAACAUUUGGAUUCAAAGGCCCAAAAGUGGAAGGUGCAGAUGUUGAUGUAAACCUUCCGGAAGCAAACAUUCAAGUUAAAGCACCUGAUGUUGACAUCAAAGGUCCCGAGGUUGACAUCGAAGGUCCAAGUGGUAAAAUCAAAGGACCAAAAUUCACAAUGCCAACUAUCACAGCACCAAACAUUUCCAUGCCAGAAAUGGAUUUAAAGCUGAAAGGCCCGAAAGUCAAAGGUGAUAUGGACGGUUCACUUCCAAAGAUUGAAGGAGAUGUGAAAGCUAUUGAUGUGAAUAUUGAAGGGCCAGAUGUUAACAUUGAUGGCCACAAAGGAGGAUUCAAAAUGCCAAAAAUGAAAAUGCCAACAUUUGGGUUCAAAGGCCCAAAAGUGGAAGGUGCAGAUGUUGAUGUAAACCUUCCAGAAGCAAACAUUCAAGUUAAAGCACCUGAUGUUGACAUCAAAGGUCCCGAGGUUGACAUCGAAGGUCCAAGUGGUAAAAUCAAAGGACCAAAAUUCACAAUGCCAACUAUCACAGCACCAAACAUUUCCAUGCCAGAAAUGGAUUUAAAGCUGAAAGGCCCGAAAGUCAAAGGUGAUAUGGACGGUUCACUUCCAAAGAUUGAAGGAGAUGUGAAAGGUAUUGAUGUGGAUAUUGAAGGGCCAGAUGUUAACAUUGAUGGCCACAAAGGAGGAUUCAAAAUGCCAAAAAUGAAAAUGCCUACAUUUGGGUUCAAAGGCCCAAAAGUGGAAGGUGCAGAUGUUGAUGUAAACCUUCCGGAAGCAAAAAUUGAUGUUAAAGCACCUGAUGUUGACAUCAAAGUUCCCGAGGUUGACAUUGAGGGUCCAAGUGGUAAAAUCAAAGGACCGAAAUUCACAAUGCCAACUAUCACAGCACCAAACAUUUCCAUGCCAGAGAUGGAUUUAAAGCUGAAAGGCCCGAAAGUCAAAGGUGAUGUGGAUGCUUCACUUCCAAAGAUUGAAGGAGAUGUGAAAGCUAUUGAUGUGGAUAUUGAAGGACCAGAUGUUAACACUGACAGCCACAAAGGAGGAUUUAAAAUGCCAAAAAUGAAAAUGCCAACAUUUGGUUUCAAAGGCCCAAAAGUGGAAGGUGCAGAUGUUGAUGUAAACCUUCCGGAAGCAAACAUUGAUGUCAAAGCACCUGAUGUUGACAUCAAAGGUCCCGAGGUUGACAUCGAGGGUCCAAGUGGUAAAAUCAAAGGACCAAAAUUCAAGAUGCCAACUAUCACAGCACCACACAUUUCCAUGCCAGAAAUGGAUUUCCAGCUGAAAGGCCCCAAAGUAAAGGGUGAUGUGGACGCUUCACUUCCAAAGAUUGAAGGAGAUGUGAAAGGUAUUGAUGUGGAUAUUGGAGGACCUGAUGUUGACACUGAGGGUUACAAGGGAGGAUUUAAAAUGCCAAAAAUGAAAAUGCCAACAUUUGGCUUCAAAGGCCCAAAAGUGGAAGGUGCAGAUGUUGAUGUAAACCUUCCAGAAGCAAGCAUUGACAUUAAAACACCUGAUGUUGACGUCAGAGGUCCCGAGGUUGACAUUGAGGGUCCAAGUGGUAAAAUCAAAGGAUCAAAAUUCAAGAUGCCAACUAUCACAGGGCCAAAGAUUUCCAUGCCAGACGUUGAUUUCAAUCUGAGGGGUCCCAAACUGGAAGGAGAUGUGGAUGUGUCAGUUCCAAAGAUUGAGGGAGGCAUAAAAGCACCUGAAGUUGACAUUGAAGGCCCAGAGGUAAAUAUCAAAGGGCCUAAGGGUGGAUUUGAAAUGCCUAAAAUGAAAAUGCCAUCAUUUGGCUUCAAAGGUCCAAAAGUGGAGGGUCCAGAUGUUGAUGUAAGCCUUCCCAAAGCUGACAUUGAUGUAAAAGUACCUGACGUUGACAUUAAAGGACCCGAGAUAGACAUUGAGAGUCCAAGUGGUAAAAUCAAAGGACCGAAGUUCAAGAUGCCAACUAUCACAGGACCAAACAUUUCCAUGCCCGACAUGGAUUUCCACCUGAAAGGCCCCAAAGUAAAAGGUGAUGUGGAUGCUGCACUUCCAAAGAUUGAAGGAGAUGUGAAAGCUAUUGAUGUGGACAUUGAAGGACCAGAUGUUGAUAUUGAGGGCCACAAAGGAGGAUUUAAAAUGCCAAAAAUGAAAAUGCCAUCAUUUGGCUUCAAAGGUCCAAAAGUGGAAGGUCCAGAUGUUGAUGUUAACCUUCCCAAAGCUGACAUUGAUGUGAAAGUACCUGCGGUUGACAUUAAAGGACCUGAGUUAGACACUGAGAGUCCAAGUGGUAAAAUCAAAGGGCCAAAAUUCAAGAUGCCAACUAUCACAGGACCAAAAAUUUCAAGGCCUGACGUUGAUUUCAAUCUGAGGGGCCCCAAGCUGGAAGGAGAUGUGGAUGUGUCAGUUCCAAAGCUUGAAGGAGGCAUAAAAGCACCUGAAGUUGACAUCAAAGGUCCAGAGUUCGAUGUCAAAGGGCCUAAGGGUGGAUUUGAAAUGCCAAAAAUGAAAAUGCCAUCAUUUGGCUUCAAAGGUCCAAAAGUGGAAGGUCCAGAUGUUGAUGUAAGCCUUCCCAAAGCUGACAUUGAUGUGAAAGUACCUGACGUUGACAUUAAAGGACCCGAGAUAGACAUUGAGAGUCCAAGUGGUAAAAUCAAAGGACCAAAAUUCAAGAUGCCAUCUAUCACAGGGCCAAAGAUUUCCAUGCCAGAUGUUGAUUUCAAUCUGAAGGGUCCCAAAUUGGAAGGAGGUGUGGAUGUGUCAGUUCCAAAGAUCAAAGGAGACAUGAAAGCACCUGAAGUUGACAUCGAAGGUCCAGAGGUAGAUAUCAAAGGGCCUAAGGGUGGAUUUGAAAUGCCUAAAAUGAAAAUGCCCACAUUUGGCUUCAAAGGUCCAAAAGUGGAAGGUCCAGAUGUUGAUGUAAGCCUUCCCAAAGCUGACAUUGAUGUGAAAGUACCUGACGUGGACAUUAAAGGACCUGAGAUAGACAUUGAGAGUCCAAGUGGUAAAAUCAAAGGUCCAAAAUUCAAGAUGCCAACUAUCUCAGGACCAAAGAUUUCCAUGCCAGAUGUUGAUUUCAAUCUGAAGGGUCCCAAACUCGAAGGCGAUGUGGAUGUGUCAGUUCCAAAGAUUGAAGGAGACAUCAAAGCACCUAAAGUUAACAUUGAAGGUCCAGAGGUUGACAUCAAGGGGCCUAAGGGUGGAUUUGACAUGCCUAAAAUCAAAAUGCCAACAUUCGGCUUCAAAGGUCCAAAAGUGGAAGGUCCAGAUGUUGAUGUGAGCCUUCCCAAAGCUGACAUUGAUGUGAAAGUACCUGAUGUUGACAUUAAAGGACCCGAGAUAGACGUUGAGGGUCCAAGUGGUAAAAUCAAAGGUCCAAAAUUCAAGAUGCCAACUAUCUCAGGGCCAAAGAUUUCCAUGCCAGAUGUUGAUUUCAAUCUGAAGGGUCCUAAACUCGAAGGUGAUGUGGAUGUGUCACUUCCAAAGAUUGAAGGAGACAUCAAAGCACCUAAAGUUAACAUUGAAGGUCCGGAGGUUGACAUCAAGGGGCCUAAAGGUGGAUUUGACAUGCCUAAAAUCAAAAUGCCAACAUUUGGCUUCAAAGGUCCAAAAGUGGAAGGCCCAGAUGUUGAUGUAAAACUUCCCAAAGCUGACAUUGAUGUGAAAACACCUGAUUUGGACAUCACAGGUCCAGAGAUUGAUAUUGAAGGGCCAAAGGGUGGAUUUGAAAUGCCUAAAAUCAAAAUGCCAACAUUUGGCUUCAAAGGACCAAAAGUGGAAGGUCCAGAUGUUGAUGUGAGCCUUCCCAAAGCUGACAUUGAUGUGAAAGUACCUGAAGUUGACAUUAAAGGACCCGAGAUAGACGUUGAGGGUCCAAGUGGUAAAAUCAAAGGUCCAAAAUUCAAGAUGCCAACUAUCUCAGGACCAAAGAUUUCCAUGCCAGAUGUUGAUUUCAAUCUGAAGGGUCCCAAACUCGAAGGCGAUGUGGAUGUGUCAGUUCCAAAGAUUGAAGGAGACAUCAAAGCACCUAAAGUUAACAUUGAAGGUCCGGAGGUUGACAUCAAGGGGCCUAAGGGCGGAUUUGACAUGCCUAAAAUCAAAAUGCCAACAUUUGGCUUCAAAGGUCCAAAAGUGGAAGGCCCAGAUGUUGAUGUAAAACUUCCCAAAGCUGACAUUGAUGUGAAAACACCUGAUUUGGACAUCAAAGGUCCAGAGAUUGAUAUUGAAGGGCCAAAGGGUGGAUUUGAAAUGCCUAAAAUCAAAAUGCCAACAUUUGGCUUCAAAGGACCAAAAGUGGAAGGUCCAGAUGUUGAUGUAAGCCUUCCCAAAGCUGACAUUGAUGUGAAAGUACCUGAUGUUGACAUUAAAGGACCGGAGAUAGAUGUUGAGGGUCCAAGUGGUAAAAUCAAAGGUCCAAAAUUCAAGAUGCCAACUAUCUCAGGGCCAAAGAUUUCCAUGCCAGAUGUUGAUUUCAAUCUGAAGGGUCCCAAACUCGAAGGCGAUGUGGAUGUGUCAGUUCCAAAGAUUGAAGGAGACAUCAAAGCACCUAAAGUUAACAUUGAAGGUCCAGAGGUUGACAUCAAGGGGCCUAAGGGUGGAUUUGACAUGCCUAAAAUCAAAAUGCCAACAUUUGGCUUCAAAGGUCCAAAAGUGGAAGGCCCAGAUGUUGAUGUAAAACUUCCCAAAGCUGACAUUGAUGUGAAAACACCUGAUUUGGACAUCAGAGGUCCAGAGAUUGAUAUUGAAGGGCCAAAGGGUGGAUUUGAAAUGCCUAAAAUCAAAAUGCCAACAUUUGGCUUCAAAGGACCAAAAGUAGAAGGUCCAGAUGUUGAUGUAAGCCUUCCCAAAGCUGACAUUGAUGUGAACAUACCUGAUGUUGACAUCAAAGGACCAGGGAUAGACAUUGAGAGUCCAAGUGGUAAAAUCAAAGGGCCAAAAUUCAAGAUGCCAACUAUCACAGGGCCAAAGAUUUCCAUGCCAGACGUUGAUUUCAAUCUGAGGGGUCCCAAGCUGGAAGGAGAUGUGGAUGUGUCAGUUCCAAAGAUUGAGGGAGGCAUAAAAGCACCUGAAGUUGACAUCAAAGGUCCAGAGUUCGAUGUCAAAGGGCCUAAGGGUGGAUUUGAAAUGCCUAAAAUGAAAAUGCCAUCAUUUGGCUUCAAAGGUCCAAAAGUGGAGGGUCCAGAUGUUGAUGUAAGCCUUCCCAAAGCUGACAUUGAUGUGAAAGUAUCUGACGUUGACAUUAAAGGACCCGAGAUAGACGUUGAGAGUCCAAGUGGUAAAAUCAAAGGACCAAAAUUCAAGAUGCCAACUAUCUCAGGGCCAAAGAUUUCCAUGCCAGACGUUGAUUUCAAUCUGAAGGGUCCCAAAGUCGAAGGCGAUAUGGAUGUGUCACUUCCAAAGAUUGAAGGAGACAUCAAAGCACCUAAAGUUAACAUUGAAGGUCCGGAGGUUGACAUCAAGGGGCCUAAGGGCGGAUUUGACAUGCCUAAAAUCAAAAUGCCAACAUUUGGCUUCAAAGGUCCAAAAGUGGAAGGCCCAGAUGUUGAUGUAAGUCUUCCCAAAGCUGACAUUGAUGUGAAAGUACCUGAUGUGGACAUUAACAUGCCCGAUAUUGAUCUUGAAGGGCCAGAUGCAAAAAUUAAAGGACCUAAAUUUAAGAUGCCAUCGAUAUCAGGUCCAAAAAUAUCAUUGCCAGACGUUGACGUCAAUCUGAAGGGGCCAAGCAUAAAGGGUGAUUUGAAGGGGGAUGUUCAGUUACCAAAAGCUGAUAUAGAGGGGCCAGAUGUUACAAUCGAUGUUCCAGAAAUUGGCACAAAGAAAACUAAAUUCAAAAUGCCAAAGUUUGGAUUCAAGGGUCCAAAGAUAAAAGCUCCAGAGGCUGAUAUGAAAGUAGGAAAAGGAGAUGUCAGCAUCAAAGGGACAACCGGUAGCACUGAAGGUCUUGAUCUUGACCUGGGACUGACUGGUCAAAAAGUCAAGGGACCCAAAUUCAAGAUGCCAAAAUUUGGUUUCAAAGGCCCAAAGGGUGAAAUGCCAGAUGUUGAUAUAAACCUUCCCAAAGCAAACAUGGAUGUAAAAACACCUGAUAUUGAUAUCAAGGGAACAGAGAUUGAUAUUGAGAGUCCAAGUGGUAAAAUCAAAGGACCGAAACUCAAAAUGCCAACUAUUUCUGGACCAAAGAUUUCCAUGCCAGACGUUGACUUCCAUGUGAAAAGCCCCAAACUCAAAGGAGACGUGGAUGUGUCAGUUCCAAAGAUAGAAGGAGACAUAAAAGCACCUGACAUCAACAUCGAAGGCCCAGAGCUUGAUAUCAAAGGGCCUGAGGGUGGGUUUGAAAUGCCUAAAAUCAAAAUGCCGUCAUUUGGCUUCAAAGGUCCAAAAGUGGAAGGUCCAGAUGUUGAUGUGAGCCUUCCCAAAGCUGACAUUGAUGUGAAAGUACCUCACGUUGACAUUAAAGGACCCGAGAUAGACAUUGAGAGUCCAAGUGGUAAAAUCAAAGGACCAAAAUUCAAGAUGCCAUCUAUCACAGGGCCAAAGAUUUCCAUGCCAGAUGUUGAUUUCAAUCUGAAGGGUCCCAAAUUGGAAGGAGGUGUGGAUGUGUCAGUUCCAAAGAUUAAAGGAGACAUGAAAGCACCUGAAGUUGACAUCGAAGGUCCAGAGGUAGAUAUCAAAGGGCCUAAGGGUGGAUUUGAAAUGCCUAAAAUGAAAAUGCCAACAUUUGGAUUCAAAGGUCCAAAAGUGGAAGGUCCAGGUGUUGAUGUAAGCCUUCCCAAAGCUGACAUUGAUGUCAAAGUGCCUGAUGUUGACAUUAAAGGACCCGAGAUAGACAUUGAGAGUCCAAGUGGUAAAAUCAAAGGACCAAAAUUCAAGAUGCCAACUAUCUCAGGGCCAAAGAUUUCCAUGCCAGACGUUGAUUUCAAUCUGAAGGGUCCCAAACUGGAAGGAGAUGUGGAUGUGUCUGUUCCAAAGAUUGAAGGAGGCAUAAAAGCACCUGAAGUUGACAUCGGAGGUCCAGAGAUUAAUAUCAAAGGGCCUAAGGGUGGAUUUGAAAUGCCUAAAAUGAAAAUGCCAUCAUUUGGCUUCAAAGGUCCAAAAGUGGAAGGUCCAGAUGUUGAUGUAAGCCUUCCCAAAGCUGACAUUGAUAUGAAAGUACCAGACGUUGACAUUAAAGGACCUGAGAUAGACAUUGAGAGUCCAAGUGGUAAAAUCAAAGGUCCAAAAUUCAAGAUGCCAACUAUCACAGGGCCAAAGAUUUCCAUGCCAGCUGUUGAUUUGAAUCUGAAGGGCCCCAAACUGGAAGGAGAUGUGGAUACUUCACUUCCAAAGAUUGAAGGGGAUAUGAAAGGACCUGAAGUUGACAUUGAAGGCCCAGAGUUUGAUAUCAAAGGGCCUAAGGGUGGAUUUGAAAUGCCAAAAUUCAAAAUGCCAUCAUUUGGCUUCAAAGGUCCAAAAGUGGAAGGUCCAGAUGUUGAUGUAAGCCUUCCCAAAGCUGAUAUUGAUGUGAAAGUACCUGACGUUGACAUCAAAGGACCUGAGAUAGACAUUGAGAGUCCAAGCGGUAAAAUCAAAGGACCAAAGUUCAAGAUGCCAACUAUCUCAGGACCAAACAUUUCCAUGCCAGACAUUGAUUUCAACUUGAAAGGGACCAAAUUAAAAGGUGAUGUGGAUGCUUCACUUCCAAAGAUUGAAGGGGACAUGAAAGGACCUGAAUUUGACAUCGAAGGUCCAGACGUUGAUAUCAAAGGACCUAAGGGAGGAUUUGAAAUGCCUAAAAUCAAAAUGCCAUCAUUUGGCUUCAAAGGUCCAAAAGUGGAAGGUCCAGAUAUUGACGUGAGCCUUCCCAAAGCUGACAUUGAUGUGAAAGUACCUGAGGUUGACAUUAAAGGACCUGAGAUAGACAUUGAGAGUCCAAGUGGCAAAAUCAAAGGACCAAAGUUCAAGAUGCCAACAAUCACAGGACCAAAUAUUUCCAUGCCAGACAUUGAUUUCAACUUGAAAGGACCCAAACUAAAAGGUGAUGUGGAUGCUUCACUUCCAAAGAUUGAAGGGGAUAUGAAAGGACCUGAAGUUGACAUUGAAGGCCCAGAGUUUGAUAUCAAAGGGCCAAAGGGAGGAUUUGAAAUGCCUAAAUUCAAAAUGCCAUCAUUUGGCUUUAAAGGUCCAAAAGUGGAAGGUCCAGAUGUUGAUGUAAGCCUUCCCAAAGCUGACAUUGAUGUGAAAGUACCUGAUGUUGACAUCAAAGGACCUGAGAUAGACAUUGAGAGUCCAAGUGGAAAAAUAAAAGGGCCGAAAUUCAAGAUGCCAACUAUCACAGGACCAAACAUUUCAAUGCCAGACAUUGAUUUCAACUUGAAAGGACCCAAAUUAAGAGGUGAUGUGGAUGCUUCACUUCCAAAAAUUGAAGGGGAUGUGAAAGGACCUGAAGUUGACAUUGAAGGUCCAGAGUUUGAUAUCAAAGGGCCUAAGGGGGGAUUUGAAAUGCCUAAAUUCAAAAUGCCAUCAUUUGGCUUCAAAGGUCCAAAAGUGGAAGGUCCAGAUGUUGACGUAAACCUUCCCAAAGCUGACAUUGAUGUGAAAAUACCUGAUGUUGACAUUAAGGGACCUGAAAUAGACAUUGAGAGUCCAAGUGGUAAAAUCAAAGGACCAAAGUUCAAGAUGCCAACUAUCUCAGGACCAAACAUUUCUAUGCCCGACAUGGAUUUCAGUCUGAAAGGCCCCAAACUAAAAGGUGAUGUGGAUGCUUCACUUCCAAAGAUUGAAGGGGAUAUGAAAGGACCUGAAUUUGACAUUGAAGGCCCAGAGUUUGAUAUCAAAGGGCCCAAGGGAGGGUUUGAAAUGCCUAAAUUCAAAAUGCCAUCAUUUGGCUUCAAAGGCCCAAAAGUGGAAGGUCCAGAUGUUGAUGUAAGCCUUCCCAAAGCUAACAUUGAUGUGAAAGUACCUGAUGUUGACAUUAAAGGACCAGAGAUAGACAUUGAGAGUCCAAGCGGUAAAAUCAAAGGACCAAAAUUCAAGAUGCCAACUAUCACUGGACCAAACAUUUCCAUACCAGACAUUGAUUUCAACUUGAAAGGCCCCAAACUAAAAGGUGAUGUGGAUGCUUCACUUCCAAAGAUUGAAGGGGAUAUGAAGGGACCUGAAGUUGACAUCGAAGGCCCAGAGCUUGACAUCAAAGGGCCUAAGGGUGGAUUUGAAAUGCCAAAAUUCAAAAUGCCAUCAUUUGGCUUCAAGGGUCCAAAAGUGGAAGGUCCAGAUGUUGACCUAAGCCUUCCCAAAGCUGACAUUGAUGUGAAAGUACCUGAUGUUGAUAUUAAAGGACCCGAGAUAGACAUUGAGAGUCCAAGUGGUAAAAUCAAAGGACCAAAAUUCAAGAUGCCAACUAUCACAGGACCAAACAUUUCCAUGCCAGACAUUGAUUUCAACUUGAAAGGACCCAAACUAAAAGGUGACGUGGAUGCUUCACUUCCAACGAUUGAAGGGGAUAUGAAAGGACCUGAAGUUGACAUUGAAGGCCCAGAUCUUGAUAUCAAAGGGCCUAAGGGUGGAUUUGAAAUGCCAAAAUUCAAAAUGCCAUCAUUUGGCUUCAAAGGUCCAAAAGUGGAAGGUCCAGAUGUUGAUGUAAGCCUUCCGAAAGCUGAUAUUGAUGUGAAAGUACCUGAUGUUGACAUUAAAGGACCUGAGAUAGACAUUGAGGGUCAAAGUGGUAAAAUCAAAGGACCUAAAUUCAAGAUGCCAACUAUCUCAGGACCAAACAUUUCUAUGCCUGACAUGGAUUUCAGUCUGAAAGGCCCCAAAGUAAAAGGUGAUGUGGAUGCUUCACUUCCAAAGAUUGAGGGAGAUAUGAAAGGGCCAGAAGUUGAAAUCGAAGGCCCAGAGUUUGAUAUCAAAGGGCCUAAGGGAGGAUUUGAAAUGCCUAAAUUCAAAAUGCCAUCAUUUGGUUUCAAGGGUCCAAAAGUGGAAGGCCCAGAUGUUGAUGUAAGCCUUCCGAAAGCUGACAUUGAUGUGAAAGCACCUGAUGUUGCCAUUAAAGGACCAGAGAUAGACACUGAGAGUCCAAGCGGUAAAAUCAAAGGACCAAAAUUCAAGAUGCCAACUAUCACAGGACCAAACAUUUCCAUGCCAGACAUUGAUUUCAACUUGAAAGGCCCCAAACUAAAAGGUGACAUGGAUGCUUCACUUCCAAAGAUUGAAGGGGAUAUGAAGGGACCUGAAGUUGACAUUGAAGGCCCAGAGCUUGAUAUCAAAGGGCCAAAAGGUGGAUUUGAAAUGCCUAAAUUCAAAAUGCCAUCAUUUGGCUUCAAGGGUCCAAAAGUGGAAGGUCCAGAUGUUGAUGUAAGCCUUCCUAAAGCUGACAUUGAUGUCAAAGUAUCUGAUGUUGAUAUUAAGGGACCCGAGAUAGACAUUGAGAGUCCAAGUGGUAAAAUCAAAGGACCAAAAUUCAAGAUGCCAUCUAUCACAGGACCAAACAUUUCCAUGCCAGACAUUGAUUUGAACUUGAAAGGCCCCAAACUAAAAGGUGAUGUGGAUGCUUCACUUCCAACGAUUGAAGGGGAUAUUAAAGGACCUGAAGUUGACAUCGAAGGUCCAGAGUUUGAUAUCAAAGGGCCUAAGGGUGGAUUUGAAAUGCCAAAAUUCAAAAUGCCAUCAUUUGGCUUCAAAGGUCCAAAAGUGGAAGGUCCAGAUGUUGAUGUGAGCCUUCCGAAAGCUGAUAUUGAUGUGAAAGUACCUGAUGUUGACAUUAAAGGACCCGAGAUAGACAUUGAGAGUCCAAGUGGUAAAAUCAAAGGACCUAAAUUCAAGAUGCCAACUAUCUCAGGACCAAAACUCUCCAUGCCAGACAUCGAUUUCAAUCUGAAAGGUCCAAAAUUGGAAGGUGAUGUGGAUGUGUCUGUUCCAAAGAUCGAAGGCAACAUAAAGGCACCUGAAGUUGACAUUGAAGGUCCAGAGUUUGAUAUCAAAGGGCCUAAAGGUGGAUUUGAAAUGCCCAAGAUGAAAAUGCCAUCAUUUGGCUUCAGAGGCCCAAAAGUGGAAGGUACAGAUGUUGACAUAAACCUUCCUAAAGCUGACAUUGAUGUCAAAGGUCCAGAGAUUGACAUUGAAGGGCCAGAGUUUGAUAACAAAGGGCCUAAGGGUGGAUUUGAAAUGCCUAAAAUAAAAAUGCCAUCAUUUGGCUUCAGAGGCCCUAAAGUUGAAGGUCCAGAUGUUGAUGUAAACCUUCCGAAGGCAAACAUUGAUGUCAAAGCACCUGAUGUUGACAUCAAAGGACCAGAGCUUGACAUUGAAGGCCCAAGUGGUAAAGUCAAAGGACCAAAAUUCAAGAUGCCAACUAUCUCAGGACCAAAAAUGUCCAUGCCAGACGUUGAUUUCAAAUUUAAAGGUACCAAACUGGAAGGAGAUGUGGACAUGUCCGUUCCAAAUAUUCAGGGUGGCAUAAAAGCUCCAACAGUUGAUAUUGAAGGACCAGAUGUUGACAUUGAGGGCCCCAAAGGAGGAAUCAAAAUGCCUAAAUUUAAAAUGCCAUCCUUUGGAGUGAAAGGUCCAAAUGUUGAAGGGCCAGAUGUUGAUAUAAGCCUCCCAAAAGCUGAAAUUGAUAUUAAAGCCCCCGAAGUUGAAAUGAAAGGAGCAGGAAUUGACAUUGAGAGUCCUAGUGGUAAAGUCAAAGGACCUAAAUUCAAGAUGCCAACUAUCUCAGGCCCAAGCCUUUCCAUGCCAGAUGUGGAUUUCAAUCUCAGAGGUCCUCAACUCAAAGGUGAUGUGGAUGUGUCAACUCCAAGGGUUGAAGGAGAUAUGAAAACACCUGAGUUUGACAUUAAGGGUCCAAAGGUUGAAAUUGAAGGUCCAAAAGGUGGAUUUGAACUGCCCAAAAUGCCCAAAAUGAAAAUGCCAUCCUUUGGCUUCAAAGGUAAAAAAGUAGAAGGUCCAGAUGUCGACAUAAACCUUCCCAAAGCAAACAUUGAUGUGAAAGCACCUGACCUUGACCUUAAAAGACCUGAGAUUGACAUGGAAGGACCAGAUGCAAAACUGAAGGGUCCCAAAUUAAAGAUGCCAGAAUGGGAUGUGAGUUUGACAGGGCCCAAAGUAAAGGGGGAUAUUGAUGUGUCAGCUCCAAAGAUUGAGGGUGACAUAAAAGCUCCAAAGGUUGAUAUUAAAGGACCGGAUCUUGAGAUCGAUGGCCACAAAGGAGGAUUUAAGAUGCCUAAAUUCAAAAUGCCAUCCUUUGGGAUGAAAGGUCCAAAAAUUGAGGGGCCAGAAGUUGAUGUCAGCCUUCCUAAAGCUGACAUUGAUAUCAGAGAACCUAAAAUGGAUAUCAAAGGACCACGAGUUGACUUUGAGAGUCCAAGUGGAAAAAUCAAAGGACCCAAAUUCAACAUGCCAACUAUCACAGGACCAAAAAUGUCCAUGCCAGACAUUGAUCUCAAUCUGAGAGGCCCCAAAUUGGAAGGUGAUGUGGAUGUGUCAGUUCCAAAGAUUGAAGGAGAUAUAAAAGUACCUGAAGCUAACAUUGAAGGUCCAGAUCUUGAUAUCAAGGGGCCUAAGGGUGGAUUUGAGUUGCCCAAAAUGAAAAUGCCAUCAUUUGGCUUCAAAGGUCCAAAAGUAGAAGGUCCAGAUGUUGAUGUAAACCUUCCCAAAGCUGACAUUGAUGUGAAAGUACCUGAUGUUGACAUUAAAGGUCCAGAGAUUGAUAUUGAGAGUCCAAGCGGUAAAAUCAAAGGACCAAAAUUCAAGAUGCCAUCUAUCACAGGGCCAAAGAUUUCCAUGCCAGAUGUUGAUUUCAAUCUAAAGGGUCCCAAAUUGGAAGGAGAUGUGGAUGUGUCAGUUCCAAAGAUUGAAGGAGGCAUAAAAGCACCUGAAGUUGACAUUGAAGGUCCAGAGUUUAAUAUCAAAGGGCAGGGUGGAUUUGAAAUGCCCAAAAUGAAAAUGCCAUCAUUUGGCUUCAAAGGUCCAAAAGUGGAAGGUCCAGAUGUUGAUGUAAAACUUCCGAAAGCUGACAUUGAUGUGAAAGUACCUGAUGUUGACAUCAAAGGUCCAGAGAUUGAUAUUGAGAGUCCAAGCGGUAAAAUCAAAGGACCAAAAUUCAAGAUGCCAUCUAUCACAGGGCCAAAGAUUUCCAUGCCAGAUGUUGAUUUCAAUCUGAAGGGUCCCAAAUUGGAAGGAGAUGUGGAUGUGUCAGUUCCAAAGAUUGAAGGAGGCAUAAAAGCACCUGAAGUUGACAUCGAAGGUCCAGAGAUUAACAUCAAAGGGCCUAAGGGUGGAUUUGAAAUGCCCAAAAUGAAAAUGCCAUCAUUUGGCUUCAAAGGUCCAAAAGUGGAAGGUCCAGAUGUUGAUGUAAACCUUCCCAAAGCUGACAUUGAUGUGAAAGUACCUGAUGUUGACAUUAAAGGUCCUGAGAUUGAUAUUGAGAGUCCAAGCGGUAAAAUCAAAGGAACAAAAUUCAAGAUGCCAUCUAUCACAGGACCAAAAAUCUCCAUGCCAGAUGUUGAUUUCAAUCUUAAAGGGCACAAACUGGAAGGAGAUGUGGAUAUGUCAGUUCCAAAGAUUGAAGGAGGCAUAAAAGCACCUGAAGUUGACAUCGAAGGCCCAGAGUUUAAUAUCAAAGGGCCUAAGGGUGGAUUUGAAAUGCCUAAAAUGAAAAUGCCAUCAUUUGGCUUCAAAGGUCCAAAAGUGGAAGGUCCAGAUGUUGACGUAAACCUUCCCAAAGCUGACAUUGAUGUGAAAGUAUCUGAUGUUGACAUCAAAGGACCAGGGAUAGACAUUGAGAGUCCAAGUGGUAAAAUCAAAGGAUCAAAAUUCAAGAUGCCAUCCAUCACAGGACCAAAUAUUUCCAUGCCAGACAUUGAUUUCAAUCUGAAAGGUCCCAAACUGGAAGGAGAAGUGGACUUGUCUGUUCCAAAGAUUGAAGGUGACAUAAAGGCACCUGACAUUGACAUCGAAGGUCCAGAGGUUGGUAUCAAAGGGCCUAAGGGUGGAUUUGAAAUGCCAAAAAUGAAAAUGCCAUCAUUUGGCUUCAAAGGACCAAAAAUCGGCAGUCCAGAUGUUGAUGUAAACCUUCCUAAAGCUAACAUUGAUGUCAGAGGUCCAGAGAUUGAUAUUGAAGGGCCAAAGGGUGGAUUUGAAAUGCCUAAAAUCAAAAUGCCAUCAUUUGGCUCCAGGAGCCCAAAACUGGAAGGUCCAGAUGUUGACUUAAACCUCCCCAAAGCUGAUAUUGAUAUCAAAGUCCCUGAAAUGGAUGUUGACAUUAAAGGUGCCAGUGGUGACAUCAAGGGCCCAAAAAUCAAGAUGCCAACUAUCUCAGGACCGAAAAUAUCCAUGCCAAAUGUGGAUUUCAACCUUAAAAGUCCUGAACUCAAAGGUGACUUGGAUGUGUCAGCUCCAAAGAUAAAGGGAGACAUAACGACACCUGAUGUUGACAUCAAAGGUCCAGGAGUUGACAUCAAGGGGUCUAAGAGUGGUUUUGAAAUGCCUAAAGUUGGCAUAAACCUUCCCAAAUCUAAUAUUGACUUAGAAGCACCUGAUCUUGGCAUAAACGUUAAAGGGCCUAAAGUGAAAGGAAAGAUGGACACAUCAUUGCCCAAACUGGAAGGAGACAUUAAAGGUACCGAUGUUAACAUUGCAGUACCCAGCGUCACUAUGGAAGGUGUGUCUAUUGAUCCUGUAAAGACAGGUGUUACAUUUCCCAAGUUCAAAGGGCCUAAGUUUGGAAUGAAAGCCCCUGACGUGGAGGGUCCUGAAUCUACAGUUAAGACACCCACGUUCAGUGUGGGAUCAAAAGGUUUGAAAACAGACGUUAGUCUCCCAGAGACUGAAGCAAGUCUUGAUGCCCCUGACAUUGAUAUACAUGUUAAGGGGAAAAAGGGGAAAUUUAAACUUCCUAAAGUAAAAGGAAAGGCAAAGAAACCUGAAAUUGACAUUGAAACACCAGCAAUGAACAUGGAUGUAGACACACCCAAUAUCCAUGUCAAAGGAACAAAGGUAAAAAAGCCUCUUUUUGGUAAGCUUCAUUUUCCUGAUGUGGAAUUAGAUAUCAAAUCACCAAAAGUCAAAGGUGAUGGAUUUGAUGUAGAUUUGCCAUCUGCUGACUUGAACGCCUCUAUUGACAGUCCAAAUGUUAAAAUGGAAGGGCCUGAUGUCAAAUUAAAGACGCCAAAAAUGCCAAAUGUGAACAUAUCUGCUCCUGAAAUUGAUGCAGAUCUCAACAAGCAAGGAGAAGCAACCAUGUCUGCUGGUUUUAAAGCCCCCAAAAUAAAUGUGAAAGGUGGUGCAGAGUUUGACACUGGUGUUUCAGGGGGCAGUGCAAGUGGUGGUCUUCAUUACCCAGAGGGUACUGUAACAUUUCCCAAAAUGAAGAUACCAAAAUUUGGUAUUGCUCUGCCUCAAUUGGAAGGGCAGCAAGGUGGAGGAAAUGGUGAUUCAGAACUUGCAGCUAGUGGAGGUAUUAACAUACAGUCUCCAUCUCUAAGUUGCCAAGUCAGUUCACAAAAUGUUGAGGUUCCCAGUCCAGAACUUAGGCACAGUGAAGGCAAAGUAAGGGUGAAGAUGCCAAAAUUGUUUGGCAAAUCAAAAGCAAAGGGCGGUAGUGCAGGUGACCUUCGUGGACCAGAGGUAGAAAUGAGUGCUAGUGGAAAAGGUGGUAAGGUCCAAAGUGUACAUAGUGGUAAAUUAGAAUUAGAGGGUGAUGCUGGACUAAAUGUGUCAUCUAAGGGCAAGUCAGCCUCACUGGAUCUAUUUAAAAAAUCAAGAAAUCGGUCUUCUUCUCUGAGUGAUGAGGGGGGGCUUGCAGUUAGUUCUCCUUCAACUCACUUAGAAGCAGAGGGUGGUGACAUUUCAUUAGACCUAGGAGGAAGCAAGGUCAAGGGAAAGAAAGGAAAGUUGAAGUUUGGAACCUUUGGAGGUUUUGGUUCAAAGUCAAAGGGCUCAUAUGAAGUGACACUUGGUGAGGACAGUGGAGCAGGAGUGGAGGGAAGUGCAGGUGUUUCCCUCUCUAAAAAAUCGAGGUUGUCUUCAUCGUCCAGCAGUGACAGUGGUUCAAGGGGUGGUUUUAGGUUCCCAAGACUUGAACUAUCUGUUUCACCAAAGAAAUGAUUAACUAUGGGGCAAAUUAAACUCUCUCAUGUACAACCAAAUUCCCUCACUUAAUAUGGCAAAUUCCUUAAACGUUCUUUGAAACCCAAGACGACAGUCAUCUUAAUGUUGAACUAGUAAUUCUAUAGUUGUUUCCUCAGUAAUCAAACAGGAGUACAUGAGCUUGUUUAAAAUCCCUUCACACUGUAAAUAAGAUUAAUUUGUAUUGUAAUAAUAAAUAUUGUUUUAUGUACAUAGUCCAGAUUUAUUGAACAUAGGCCAUCUCAAAAAUGUUCACCAAUAGUUUAUUACAGGGUUAGUCAUUUUGUCCGAUUUCAUACUUUUAAGUGAAUGUCAUUAACGAACGGGUGUGGUAUAUUUGUAUCCAGGGGUUUAUUGCACAGAACAGAUAGUUACAUAGUUAUUUUGAAGGAAAAUGUUGUUUAUCCACCCAGACAAAAAGACAGUUGCCAUUUUUUUAUGUAUGAAAUUAUUUUACUUUCAAGCUUUGAAAUUAUAUAUUAAUUGCAGAAGCAUAUUUACGUACCAUAGAGCGGGCCCUUUAUAACACAUUCUAAAGAGUGAUAGUGUUGUAUAUACCAUAAUUGCAAAGACAAUCACGGUUGGGAAACAUCAACUCUCUAAAGUGCUGUCAGUAUUUGUUGUUCAUCUGUCUGAAUACUUCACCCUUAAAUUCUGUGUCAUUUACAAAAAAUAUGUAUUUGCUUUAUUUGUUGUAAAAAUGUUUUGCUUCCUAAUCCUGUGUCAUUUUCAUCUGUUUUUACGAUCCUCUGUCUUUUAUUUCACUACAUAACAAUGUCACAAAUAAGCAGUCACUUUUUUGAUUUAAUUUGUUUGCAAAAAAUAUCUGUGUUGAUAAAGAGUUAAUGGAGACACAGCAUGAUUAUUUGGGUCUAUUCUUGUGUGUGAAUUCUGCCAAAUAAAAGUAAAUAAAAAGAUUUAUAGAAUGUA